UUUAAAUAAUCCUGACAUUAGUUAUAAUUUAUUUUUUUAUGAAAUCGUAUUGGUGUAGUUUGUUAGAUAAAUAAAUAAUCAGCUGUGAACAAUAAUAAUGGCUCUAAAUUAAUUGUACAUUUGUGUGUGUAUUUUUUAUGUGAUAUAUAAAUUUCAUUGAUGACUUAAAAAAUCAGUUGUGUCAUCAAAGAUAAGUCAAUAACUGAUAAUUGCUUUUUAAAUAUAUAUCGUUUACUCGUUUGUAAAUGUUUGUUUGUUUAUUUAAAUUAAAAAAUAUAUCAAAUUUUAAAAUUACUUUCUAUUUUUCUACUCACACAAUUUUUUUAUAAAAUUGAUAUUAUUAUAAACAAAAAAACCAUGUUGUCAUUGAUGAAUAUUGUUAAAGUUUCUUGUUGUUAAAAAUAUAAUAUGUGUAUAGUAAUUAGAAAUACCUGUAUUGAAAUGAUGACAAAUGAAUUAUUAAUGUCAAAAUGUCAAAAAGAUAUGGUAAUCGUUUUAAUGGAGAAAAAUCAUCACCAGCUAAAAGACCAAAAUUGGAUAUUACAAAAACAAGUGAUCAUGUUGCACCUCAAAGACAACAAACAAAUAAACCAGAUACUGUGAUAGAUCAAGAUUUAUGGGGUGAUGAUGAUGAUUUUUGUGAUGAUGCAUUUGAAGUCAUUGACAAUAUUGCAUCACAAGCUUUUUCACAAGCAGUCAAUACAUCCCUUGAAGAUAUUAAUAAUCAUGGAUCACAAACAGAUAAUAAUGAUGAUAGAUCAAAUGAUGAUGGUAAUUCAAAAACAUUGAAAAACAAUGGGUCAUCAUCAACAAGUAAACCAUCAACACCCAAUAAACUUGUUGUACCAUUUGUUAAACCAGUUUCACCAGUUAAAACAAAUGGAUUUACAUCAAAACCAUCGACAAGCUAUGAAUCAAGAACAAAUGGAUUUGCACCUAGACGUCAGAGUAUUUAUUCACAAAGAUUAGCAUCGUCUGUUGAACAACGUAAUUUUCAUGAUGAAACAACAACAUUAUCACAAUUCAAUGCACAUCUUAUUGCUGGUAAUCAUUUAAAUUCAACUGUUGUCUCAAUUGAUGAUGAUGAUGAUCCAUCAAUUAAAACAAUCAAAUUACAAAAAAAAAAUGAAAAAUUAAUGAGAGAUAAUAGCUCAAGUGAAGGUGAAAAAAUAUAUUUAAGACAGAAAAUAGCUAAAGUCAUGUCGGAAAUGGAUAAAAUAAAAACUAACAUGGAAAAACAAAAUCAAGCUAUAUUAACUCAACUAGAGGCUAAAAUAAAAAAUCUUUUAAAUGAAAAUGAUUCAUUAAAAAAAGAAAAUAGUUUAAAAGAUUAUGAUUUAAAAAAUUCAAUUGAUCGUUUAAAAUUAAUUGAAAAAUCAUCAAUUAAAUUGACAAAUCCACAAACAAAUAUGCCACCAAGUCCAUUUAAACGUCCACCUGAUGUGUCAAUUAAAAAAAUUGAUUUUACAAUGCAAACAGAUAUUAUUAAAAAAUUAAAUCAUCGUCAUAAAUUACCAGGAUGUUAUUAUCCACUUAAAAAUAUACCACAACAAAUAUUUGAAACACCAUUACCAGAAAAAUCAGUUGUUGAUAUUCAAAUAACAGAUAAAAUUGGUCAAAAAAGUAUACCAAUACUUCAUGAUAUAUUUUCAUCAAGAAUAUUUGAAAAUCCAUUAUUAGUCAAGCCAAUUGUAACAGUUGUAAAUUCAAAAAAUCUAAAUGUCGAAUUUUAUUUACCAGAAUUAUCAUCGUUAAUUAAAAAAACAUCUGAUGAAAUAAAUUCAUCAGAAUCAAUAUCAAUGAUAAACAAAAUAAUAUUAACAUCAAUGGAAUUAUUAUUAAACACAACAGUUGUAUUAAAAACAAUUGAAAGUGAAAUGCAAAAUGAUGAUCUCAAAGACAUGGAUGAUUUGUAUUUUUCAAAUUUUUAUAAACUCAAAAUUGAUCAUAAUAAAUCAUUGUGUGAUGCUAAAGCUUGGUAUGACAAAGAACGUGGUAUUGAAUCAAGAAGAACAUUCUCAAUACUAUCACAUAUUGCAAGAUCAUCAAAAUAUUUAAGUGAUUUUAUAGCUGGUAAGAUUAAUCUUGCAUUAAAAAAUGAUGAGCUAUAUAAAACUUAUUCAUCACAAUUGUUACGUUACAAUGACUGGCAAUCAAAAGUUAAAAAUCAUCAAGUAUUAAAAUUGAUUAAUGAAUUUAUUAUUGUAGUUAGUAAAAUAAGAAGAAGUCAUCAAUUUACUGGUUUAAUAUGUUCACUUCUAGAGACACUGUACAGUGUUGAUAAGCUGACUGGUUUUAAUAGUGUCAUAAGUAUUCAAUAUGUUUGUGAUAUAUUUAAAGAAAUAAUAUUUUCAAGACCACUUAUGUCAUGCUUCCCAACAAUAACUAGAAUAUUAUCACACUUUAGUAGAUCAUAUAUCUUUGUUGAUAAUUUAUGUGAAAAUUUAAAAAAGACCAAGCUAAUAUAUCACAAUAAUGAAAGAAAAUUUCAUUAUGAUUCGUGUUUACUACGUGUGUUCAUGUUGCAGCUAGAAAAAUUUGAUUUUGAUAUAUUAACAAAUAUUGAUAUUGCAAGUUCGAUAUUGACAUUUGUUGAUAAUGUGUUUACACUGGAAAAAACGAAAUGGCCAUUUGGUGAUGAUCAACAUGAUGAGUGUGAAUGUCGUGAGCAUGUGUUGACACAUGCUUUAUUGAUGAUUUAUGAUAUGCACAUGUUGGACAUUGAAUCACUUGAAAGGGAUUUUUAUAAUCAAUGUAAUGAUGAUGAUAUGAAAAAUGAAAAGUGGAAUAAAUUUAAGGAUAAACAUCGUUCAAUCAUUAAAACAUCAACAAGAUUUUUGUGUUCAUUGGCAUGGCUUGAUCAUCGUUUUGUUUUACAUGCACAGCAACCAGUUCUUGAACACAAAGUUCAACUGUCAUGGGAUAAACUUAGAACAGUUAAUGAUGAUGCUGAUGUUAUUGAUAAAUAUGUUGCAGAAUCUGUUGAAUCAAAACUCAUUCUUGAUAGAGAAGAUAUUCAAUUAAAAAAUGUUUCUUUAUCAGAAAAAAUUUACAGCAAAAAACAUGAAUUUAUUAAUAAAUUGACUGAUGAAUCAUUGAAGAAAAAAAAAUGGUCAAAUGCUGAAGAAUUAUAUCAAAAACUUUUUUAAUAAAAUUAUUAACAUUAUCAAUUUUUUUUUUUUUGUUUUUAUCAUUGAAUGUUGGUAAAUUUAAUUAAGAUGAAUUAAUUUAUUAUUUUUUUUUUUUUUUCUCUGUUACCAAGACAUUUUGAACAUAAUGAAAUAGACAUGACAUUUUUAAUUAUUAAUUAACUAUUUUUUUUUUAAUAUUAAAUAUUUUUAUACAAAUAAAAAUAAAAAGUGUUUUUUGUAA